AUGUCGACUCUUGAGGAUCUCGAUGAUCUGGAGCGUGAAGACAGAGACAAGAAGAAGGACCAGGGCGAUGGAAAGAAAACAAACAAGGACGGUGAUACCGAAAUGAAUGAUUCGGAGGCGGAUAAGAAAGAAGAGGAGGACAGCCUAAUAGACGAAGAGAUCCUGCGAUCAAGCACGAGAGAUAUCAUCAACAGACGGAAACUGCUAGAGAACGAUAUGCGGAUCAUGAAGAGCGAGUUCCAGCGGCUGACCCAUGAACAGCACACGAUGCAGGAGAAGAUAAAGGAUAAUUUGGAUAAGAUUGAGAAUAACCGACAACUUCCAUAUCUCGUAGGCAACGUGGUUGAGCUCCUCGAUCUUGAUGUUGAAAAGGAAGCUGCCGAAGAAGGCGCCAAUAUCGAUCUAGACGCCACUCGAGUUGGCAAAUCAGCUGUCAUCAAAACAUCAACCCGUCAAACAAUCUUCCUGCCUCUCAUCGGUCUUGUCGAUCAUGAAAAACUUAAACCUGGUGACCUUAUUGGUGUGAAUAAGGAUUCAUACCUUGUUUUGGACACUCUACCAGCCGAAUACGAUAGCCGAGUCAAGGCGAUGGAGGUUGAUGAGAAGCCAACGGAGAAGUACACAGAUGUGGGCGGGUUGGAUAAGCAAAUCGAAGAGCUUGUUGAGGCAGUGGUAUGGCCAAUGAAGGAAGCUGAGCGGUUCAAGAAGAUCGGUAUUAAAGCACCGAAAGGGGCUCUCAUGUACGGGCCCCCUGGUACUGGUAAAACUCUUCUUGCCCGCGCCUGCGCCGCUCAAACAAACGCCACAUUCCUCAAACUUGCCGGGCCCCAACUAGUGCAGAUGUUCAUCGGAGACGGCGCAAAACUCGUCCGUGACUGCUUCGCCCUCGCCAAGGAAAAGGCCCCAUCGAUCAUCUUCAUCGACGAACUUGAUGCCGUAGGCACAAAGCGUUUCGAUUCCGAAAAAUCAGGUGACAGGGAGGUCCAGCGUACCAUGCUUGAACUCCUCAACCAGCUAGACGGUUUCGCUUCCGACGACCGCGUCAAAGUGCUUGCUGCUACAAAUCGUGUUGACGUGCUUGAUCCGGCCCUUUUGCGUUCCGGCCGUCUAGACCGUAAGAUUGAGUUCCCGCUCCCUAACGAAGAAGCACGUGCUCAGAUCCUGCGAAUCCACUCGCGUAAGAUGGCUGUCGAUGAUGGUGUCAACUGGGCUGAACUUGCCCGGAGUACCGAUGAAUUUGGUGGUGCGCAGUUGAAGGCUGUGUGUGUGGAGGCUGGAAUGAUUGCGUUGCGUAAGGGUAUGAAUAAAGUUGGCCAUGAGCAUUAUGUCGAUGCGAUUGCGGAGGUGAUGGCGAAGAAGAAGGAUACUAGUGCAGGCAUUUAUGUUUAA